GGGGACGGCGGCGCGGGGGCCUCGCGCCUCCUCGAGCGUCUCUUGCCCCGCCACGACGACUUCGCGAGGAGGCACAUCGGCCCCGGGGACAAAGACCAGCGGGAGAUGCUGCAGGCCUUGGAGCUGGCGAGCAUUGAAGAGCUGAUUGAGAAGACGAUCCCCGCCAGCAUCCGUUUGAGGAGACCUUUGAGAAUGGAAGACCCCGUGUGUGAAAAUGAAAUCCUUGCCACUCUGCAUGCCAUUUCCAGCAAAAACCAGAUUUGGAGAUCGUAUAUCGGCAUGGGCUAUUACAACUGCUCGGUGCCGCAGACAAUCGUGCGCAACUUACUGGAGAACUCAGGAUGGGUCACCCAGUAUACUCCAUACCAGCCAGAGGUGUCUCAGGGCAGGCUGGAGAGUUUACUCAACUUCCAGACCAUGGUGUGUGACAUCACAGGCCUGGACAUGGCCAACGCAUCCCUUCUAGAUGAGGCGACCGCAGCGGCUGAGGCGAUGCAGUUGUGCCACAGGCACAACAAGAGGAAGAAAUUUUUUGUUGACCCUCGUUGCCACCCGCAGACAAUAGCUGUCAUCCAGACUCGAGCCAAGUACACUGGAGUCCUUGUUGACAUGAAGGUACCCCGUGAGAUGGAUUUCAAUGGAAAAGAUGUCAGUGGAGUCCUGUUCCAGUACCCCGACACUGAGGGGAAGGUGGAAGACUUCACAGAACUCGUGGAGAGAGCCCAUCAGAGCGGGAGCCUGGCCUGCUGUGCUACUGACCUUCUAGCCCUGUGUAUCUUGAAGCCUCCCGGAGAAUUUGGAGUAGACGUUGCCCUGGGAAACUCACAGAGAUUUGGGGUGCCUCUGGGCUAUGGGGGACCCCAUGCAGCCUUUUUUGCUGUCCGAGAAAACCUGGUGAGAAUGAUGCCUGGAAGAAUGGUAGGGGUGACAAGAGAUGCCACUGGGAAAGAAGUGUAUCGCCUUGCUCUUCAAACCAGGGAGCAACACAUCCGGAGAGACAAGGCCACCAGCAACAUCUGCACAGCUCAGGCCCUCUUGGCAAAUAUGGCUGCCAUGUUUGCAAUCUACCAUGGUUCCUGCGGGCUGGAGCACAUUGCAAGGAGGGUACAUAACGCCACUCUGAUUUUGUCUGAAGGUCUCAAGCGGGCUGGCCAUCAGCUCCAGCACGACUUGUUCUUCGACACUUUGAAGGUUCAGUGUGGCUGCUCUGUGAAGGAGGUCUUGGAUAGGGCCGCUCAGCAGCAAAUCAAUUUUCGGGUCUUCGAAGAUGGCAUGCUCGGUAUUUCUCUUGAUGAAACAGUCAAUGAAAAAGACCUGGAUGACUUGUUGUGGACCUUUGGCUGUGAGUCAUCUGCAGAACUGGUUGCUGAAAGCAUGGGAGAAGAGCGGAGAGGUAUUCCAGGGACUACAUUCAAGAGAACUAGCCCAUUCCUCACACAUCAAGUGUUUAACAGCUAUCAUUCAGAAACAAAUAUCGUUCGGUACAUGAAGAAAUUGGAAAACAAAGACAUUUCCCUUGUUCACAGCAUGAUUCCACUGGGCUCCUGCACCAUGAAGCUCAACAGUUCCUCUGAACUCACACCUAUCACAUGGAAAGAAUUUGCAAAUGUCCACCCCUUUGUGCCUCUGGACCAAGCUCAAGGGUACCAACAGCUUUUCCGAGAGCUUGAGAAGGAUUUGUGUGAACUUACAGGCUACGACCAAAUCUCUUUCCAGCCGAACAGCGGAGCCCAGGGGGAAUACGCGGGGCUGGCCACUAUCCGAGGGUACUUGGACCAGAAAGGAGAGAGGCACAGAACAGUUUGCCUCAUUCCAAAAUCAGCACAUGGGACCAAUCCGGCAAGUGCCCACAUGGCAGGCAUGAAGAUUCAGCCGGUGGAGGUGGACAAAUACGGGAAUAUUGACGCAGCGCACCUCAAGGCCAUGGUGGAUAAACACAAGGAGAACCUGGCAGCCAUUAUGAUCACGUACCCAUCCACCAAUGGGGUGUUUGAAGAGAACAUCAGUGAUGUGUGUGACCUGAUCCACCGGCAUGGAGGACAGGUCUACUUAGAUGGAGCAAACAUGAACGCUCAGGUGGGGCUUUGUCGUCCUGGAGACUUUGGGUCUGAUGUCUCACACUUAAAUCUUCACAAGACCUUCUGCAUUCCCCAUGGAGGAGGCGGCCCUGGCAUGGGGCCCAUCGGAGUGAAGAAGCAUCUGGCUCCCUUCCUCCCCAGCCAUCCCGUCAUCGCAGCAAAGCCGGAUGCGGACGCGCGGCCUGUGGGUACCGUGAGCGCGGCCCCGUGGGGCUCCAGCUCCAUCGUGCCUAUUUCCUGGGCGUACAUCAAGAUGAUGGGAGGCAAGGGCCUUAAACAGGCCACGGAAAUUGCUAUAUUAAAUGCUAACUACAUGGCCAAACGAUUAGAAAAACACUACAGAGUCCUUUUCAGGGGUGCAAGAGGUUAUGUGGCUCAUGAAUUUAUUUUGGACACAAGACCCUUCAAAAAGUCUGCAAACAUAGAGGCUGUGGAUGUAGCCAAGAGGCUCCAGGAUUAUGGAUUUCACGCCCCUACCAUGUCCUGGCCAGUGGCGGGGACCCUCAUGGUUGAGCCCACCGAGUCGGAAGACAAAGCAGAGCUGGACCGAUUCUGCGAUGCCAUGAUCAGCAUUCGGCAAGAAAUCGCCGACAUCGAGGAGGGCCGCAUAGACCCUAGCGUCAAUCCACUGAAGAUGUCUCCACACUCCCUGACAUGCGUCACAUCCUCCCGCUGGGACCGGCCGUAUUCCAGAGAGGUGGCAGCAUUCCCACUGCCCUUUGUGAAACCAGAGAACAAAUUCUGGCCAACCAUCGCCCGAAUUGAUGACAAAUACGGAGAUCAGCACCUGGUGUGUACCUGCCCACCCAUGGAGGUUUACGAGUCCCCAUUUUCUGAACAGAAGAGGGCCUCUUCUUAGUCCACUCUCCCCUAAUUUUUAAUGACUGAUCUGAUGCCUCUCUCCAGAGCAUUUGAUAAGCAGAAAGUAUUUCAUCUCCCACCCCAGACUGAAGGUAGGGGGUUUUAUAUACUGUGUAUAUUUUUUGUAAUCUCUGUCAAGGUAAAUGUAAAUACAGCUAGUAUAGUGAGUGGAAGCUGAUCGUUGGAAGACGACUGAGUUUCUUCAGUGCCUCUGCUUCCACCCGUAGCAGUUGAUGUUCAAGUUGCCUUGAUUGGGAGCCAUUUCGUUUUUUGCAUAGAAAAUUUUGGGUGUACUAGGAACUUUAACUUUCAAUAUAGGAAGUUUGCCGAUGCUAUAGUGGCUAUGCUGGAGACUCAAUAGACGUAUUUUUGUUCCAAAUAAGCCCUUGUGGGCUAUGCCAUUUGUGGGAAAUCCCAGGGCAAAUGUUUACAUUUUCUAUACCUGAAGACAUGUUUUUCCUCCAACUAACUUGCCUAAUCUGAAAUAGCAUUUCUGAGCAUUUUCCUCUUUAUCUGUGUCUGUGUUUUUUAUCUACACUUAUUAGUAUUCUAAUAAAAGCAUUUCAAUUUGAUGAGUGCCUUCCUCUUGGUCCAUUUUUCCAUCUUACCACCAUGUGUCCUUGCUAUUUGGUUCUCUAGAUUCAGAGGGUAUUGAAGGGUAAUGAGAACACUCAAUCCAGUAGUCAUUGUUCCAUUAUCAGUUUUGCCUUUGACUGGCUGAAGAAACAGUUCCUAUGUCUUGGUCAGCAGUGAAUGCCACUUCAGCCCUUUUCGAUAGAACUGCAUUAGCCUACAUGUAACCAAAACCCAACUACAGAAGUUUAAUCAAAUAGCAGUUUGUUUUUUCUCAUUUAGCAAGAAGUCCAGAGGUAGUAAGCCAAGGGCUGGUGCUCCUUCUGUCUUCCUGUUCUGCCUUCCUUUGCAUAGGGUUCUCAUCCUCAUGGUCGCAAGAUGGCUACUAUGGAACCAGACAUCACAUACCCACUCUAGUGGGAAUAAGGGGGAAGAGCAAAAGACAAAAGGCACAUUCCAUCAAAGAUGGCUUCUUUUGAAAUGUUUUCCCAGAAUUCUCACCCAGUGACUCCUGUUUAUUUAUCAUUGGCCAGAAUUGGUUCAAACUGCCACUCCUAGUUGCAAGGGAGCAUUGGGAGACCUUUUACCUUCCACAUAGCAGUUGUUCAACAAACAACAAGAAGUAUGACUUGAAGGAACAGAGGAAUGACCCCUGAGCUAAAAGAGGAACACUGAGUUGGAAUCUCCCUGGGGAUGGAGCUGGUCUAAAAGUUACAAGUCCUGCUGCCAGAUCACCUACGCCAAAGUUGAUCUGGAAAAUGUAGUCAGUUUGGGGCAGGGGCGUGGAUGGUGUCUGGUGCUUGGAACUGGCAAGGGUUGCUUGGACCCUUUUUCCUUAAAAGCAGUGCUGCCUUGUGGCUUAUCAGGCUUUCAUGGGGUAACCUGGGAACCUGCACCUCUCCUCUGUCAAUAAUUGUUCCUACUGGGAGUAUCUGUACAAAUGAGAUUUCGUUUUCAACCUACAUCAAGUCAAAGAUCAUGGGCUUCAUUCCUUUACAAUUCUAAAACGCAAGUUGGGAUUGCCUGUAAUUUCUGAAUGCAAGAGAAACCGGAGGGUUGACUAAAAAUCAACUAUGAAUUGUUAUUUUUUAACAGACCUAAACAAAAGAAAACAACUCUGGGUGCUCUAUGAGGUCUAGGGCUUUCAGAACUGAUGCAAGAGAAAUUUCAAUGUUUUCUGAUCUGUUUGUUGCAUAAUAUUUUAAUCUUACUAGUAAAAAUUUUGGCUAGUUCUGGGUGUGCCAUUUUUAAUUUCCUACAAAUGAGCUUCUGAAGAUCAUUUGAAAAAACAAGACAAAAAACUUGGUAAGACUCAGAAGACUUAAGUUCUUUAAAUAACAGUCAUAAACUCCCAGAAAACAGGGUGGACUCCAACGGCACCAAAAGUGAUGUCAGUCAUCCUAAAAAAAUGCAGACUUUUCCCCAAUGGUGCUGCCGCUGGGAACCUGAUCCAAAACUGCCACUCGUGCAGCUAGGAGUAGCCAAAGGAGAAUUAGAUGUAAACAGAUUCUUUCUUAAAGUCUGGCAUAAA